CGCUUAAUGACUAAGCCACCCAGGCGCGAAUAUUUUCCCAGGUCCCCUGCAAGAGCUUCUGCCUGGAUCCUUGUCUCGGGUUCCUCUGCAGGAAUCGCGGGCAACUCCAGGAUCUGCGGGGAGGGUCAAGGCCAUACAAAGGGCAAGGCAGGGGAGCCCAGGUCCCAGGCCGCCUCGCCGAAUGCUAGGGGCGGGACAAAGGCUGCUCGGGGACAAAGUGCAGGAGAUAAGAGGGAAGGGCGAAGGAGGGGGGCGGGGAGCCAGCGCCCAGGAGCUCAAGGAUCGCGCUCCCGGAGGCCUUGGCUGCCGGCCGAGCUCAGCCCGCCGGGGAGGGGGCGCCCUAGAGCCUCUUCAUCCCGGCAGCUGCGGGGAUGGCGAGAAGCCGGCGGCUGGGGCGCUCGGGGCCCGCUCGCCCCCACCCCGCGCCAGCCCCACCGUCGCGCGCGGUGCGGGAGGCGGGGCUGCCCCGGCUCACCUGGCCGCUUGGGGCGGGGCCGCCCGCCACCCGGGGACGCGGAGGUGGCGGCGGUCCCCGCGGGGCGCUGGAGGGCCUGGUCCCCGGGCCCCGGCCCGGAGCUCCCACCCCUCCACGCCCGCCACCUCCCGCGCGGGGGCCCUCCCUCGGCUCGCCGCUCUCUCCCUCCCUCUCCCCUCCUUUGCUCCCUCCCUCCCAGAGCCCAGUUGCUCAAGCCGCUUCCUUCCCCAACGCCAGCGCCAGUUCCUCUCCCGGAGGGGCCCGGGAAGGGCAGCGAACGCUCGACACGGGAAGCGCCGCGCCGGCGGCGGCGGCGGCGGCGGCGGCGGCGGCAAGACCAUGGCCGAGCCCCGGGGGCCCGCGAGCCCGGGGCCCAAGGCCUCCCUCGCCGCCACCGCGCUGAGCCCGCGGAGCGCCCUGCAGCCCCGCCCCUGGGGAGCGGACGCCGGCACGCGGGGCAGGGACCGGGGCCACGCCGCCGCCUCCCGGGACCCCCUCCUGCACGGCUCGCCGAUGCUCUCGGGAGCAGGCUCGGGCCGCCGGCGGGGAGCGCUGCGGGAGCUGCUGGGGCUGCGCGGGGCGGCCCCCGCCGGCUGGCUGUCGGAGGAGCGCGCCGAGGAGCAGUGCCCGGCCGGGCCGAACGGGCCGAACGGGCCGAACGGGCCGGGCGGCGGCGGGCUGUGCCUGGAGCCCCGCGAGCACGCGUGGAUACUGGCGGCCGCCGAGGGCCGCCUGGAGGUGCUGUGGGAGCAGCUGGAAGCCGAGCCCGCCCUGUUGCUGCGCUGCGACCCGAUCACGGGCUACACGGUGCUCCACUGGUUGGCCAAGCACGGGUGCCACGAGGAGCUCAUCCUGGUGCACGACUUCGCCCAGCGCCGGGGGCUGCCGCUCGACGUGAGCGCCUCGGGCAGCGGCGGCCUCACGCCCCUCCACCUGGCCGCCCUGCAGGGCCACGACAUGGUCAUCAAGGUGCUGGUGGGCGCCCUGGGGGCUGACCCCUCGCGCCGCGACUACAGCGGCCACAGGGCCUGUCACUACCUGCGGCCCGACGCGCCCCAGAGCCUGCGGGAGCUGUCGGGGGCCGAGGACUGGGAGACGGCGGGCGGCGGCGAGCGGAUCAACGCCAACAAUAACAGCAGCAGCGCCGCCGCCCGGGCGCUGCGACGGACCCCGAGCUCGGCGGGCACGAGCUCCGUGGAGGCCCCGGCGAGGGCGGCGGCGUCGCCCGGCAAGGAGAAGAACUACGCGGGCAGCCGGGUGGCGCAAAUUCAGGGCCUCCUCCGCCAGAUGUUCCCCUUCUUCCAGGACCGUUGAGGGCGACAGGGACUGGAGAGCGCGGACGGAGCGCGACGCUGCGGUCGAGGCCUCGGUCUCGGGUGGGCUCGGGCCCCACCCGAAGGGGCGGCAGCUCCGGCCGCAGCCGAGUGCGCUGGGCCUGCAAGCGGCGGACCACCUCCAGGUUUGUCGCAGGUACCUGUCCCAGGUCACCUACGGCCACCGGCCAGGAGACCUGGGGACCGGGAAACCGUCACCGAGAGAGAGCGCAAAGACCAAAGCUGUCCUGGCGCAAAACUAGUCCCCAAAACUAGGGGACUAAGGAGUUAGGGGCAGGAGUGUGGUCCUGCUUGGGAGAGGGAAAGUAAGGCUUCCAGGAGCCAUUUCUGGGCAGGCAGAAGCUCCGCGUGUAUUGGGAAGCACUUGCUAGAAGAAUGAGUUAAGACUGGAACCCACUGAUACAGAGGAAGCGCCUAACUGAAGGCUAGACUCGGCUGUUCCUGCGGGCACUCACCCUCCCCCCGCCAACCUGCUCCUGAGACAUCCAGGCUUUACCGGUACUUUUUCUAAUGUAUCACCGAUGACUUCUUAAGCAUAUUAAAGCCGGGUAUGUUUUCCUUUCACAUGACAAAGCUGUCCUUUGAGUGACUUUUUUUUUUUUUCAUUAACCACUGAGUGCGGGAAGCUUCCUACAUUCGCGGGGAAGAGUUCACCAACCCCUGGCCAUGAGCUAGUGAUCCGGGAGGCUCUGGACCUUGUUCCCACAGCAAAUGGCCAAGCGGGGCGCUGGAAGGAGCUACACUCACCUUGGCUCUGAGUGGAGACACACAGUUUGCCUGUCUCCCGGACUCUUUUGGCAGCUAGGUCCCACUUCUGGCACAAGUCUCAUCCUAGAAGAGUUGUCUGUAGGGGGCAGAGGGGUGGUAAAAGGGGAAAAUCUCCAAAUGUACAUUUCUGAUGUUUUAUGGUGAGUCAUGUAAUUUACCUUGACUUCUGCCCUCCUGGGGGACACACCCAUCCACGCUUUUUCCAAGAUAGGGCUUUAAUCCUCGGCAUUGCUUUUUAAUUACAUCUAAUACAUAAGUUGUAGUUUGGAAACUGGCUCCCAUUCAGAAAUCGUAUGAAGCCAGUAGAAUACAGGAGGGUUGACUUUGAGAGGAGGGAAAGCAGUUGGUGGCUAGGGAUCCAUGCUGCCUUAGAGAACAGUGCAUUUUCUUUUUUCUUUUUUCUUUUUUAGAUUUUAUUUAUUUACUUGAGAGAGAGAAUGAGCGCACGCGCGCGCACGCGCGCGCAAGAGAGAGAGAGAGAGAGAGAGAGAGAGAGCAU